AUGACUACACCCAAGUCAUUAUCAGGCAAAAUUAUCCUCAUCACCGGCGCAGGUAAUGGCAUUGGCCAAGCAACCAGCAUCAAACUAGCCGCCGAAGGAGCCUCCCUAGCCCUAUCAGACACAGACCUCGCCUCCGUGACUAAAACAGCGGCUCAAUGCAAAAUCGAACACCCAGGCCAAUUUCACUCCGUCGAACGAGUAGACGUGAGCGAUGUGACUUCCGUAAACGCCUGGGUGAAAUCAACAACUGCACGUUACGGUCGACUGGACCACAUCUUCAACUGUGCGGGUAUCAAUCCAAUUCAGAUCCCCACAGUCGACACUACAGAUGAUUACGCCCAUCGUCUGAUCAGCGUCAAUCUCCAAGGUACAUUCAACGUCUGUCGGGCUUGCAUCCCACACCUUUCUGCUGGGUCAUCAGUAGUGAAUGUCUCUUCUAUCGUUGGAACCCAGCCACGCGCCGGAAUGGCGAUCUACGCUGCGACGAAGGCUGGUAUUAUCGGACUCUCUAAGUCUAUGGCCUUGGAGCUUGGACCGAAGGGUAUUCGAGUUAAUGUUGUGGCUCCGGGAGAGAUCCAUACCUCGACUAAUGUGUCUGUUGUUUCCGGCGAAGAAACCGUGCAGCAGGCGGGUAAGAAGGUUGCUCUAGGAAGACUGGGCCAGCCGGGUGAAAUUUCGGAUGUAGUGGUUUGGAUGUUCCAGAGUAGCUAUAUGAAUGGGAGUGUGGUCGAAAUCAAUGGUGGUGUGGAGUGA